AUGAGUGGAAAGAGCGUCAAGCAAAAAAAGAAAAUCCAAGCUGAGGCUAAAAAAGUGAAGAGGAACUUAAGGAAUCACGGAGUUUCACCACAACAUCAACUGUUGUUAACAUUAAGGUUUUACGCAUUAGGCACAAUGUUAAUUUCUGUAGCUGACUUUGUUGGAGUCUCUACAUCAACAACAGGCCGAAUCGUUCGCGAUAUAUCAUCAGCAAUCGCCAGCUUGUAUGAUAAAUACAUUGCUGUUCACCAACAAAGUGCAGAAAAAUUCUACAGAAUUGCACGGUUUCCUCGUGUUCUGGCUGCAAUUGAUUGCACUCAUAUACGUAUUCAGUCACCGUGUCAAAUAAUAGAAGAAUUUAGAAAUCGCAAGGGUUACUUUUCCUUAAAUGUGCCAGCAAUCUGUGAUGCUGAUCUAAGAUUCAUGAAUGUAGUUGCUCGAUGGCCAGGUUCAACACAUGACGCCACAAUUUUCAACAAUUCUGUUCUUAAAGUCGUAUAA